UAGCUUCGUUAGUCUCUUAAAUAGCCACAAAACUUUGUCAACCUUUAGCACUUGCUGUUGUUGUCGAGUGGUGUGUUGCAUUUAAAAGGAUUUUAAGUGAAUUAAAAUAAAUAAAAAUAAAAAUAAAGCAUUACUUACACAGUAGGGAAUAAAUUAUUUAAAAUAUUUUAAAAACAAAAAUGUAUUCAAAAAUCUUUUGUGUUGUGUUCGUUGCGACACUUGUGGGCAGUACGGUUGCCUUGCCGAAACAGGAUAACAGUGAGAAGGAUUUAUUAAACAUGAUCGAGAAAAUGGAUAAUGUACCUUCGCUGCCUCUAUUCGGGGGUCUACGCAUCGAUCGUGUUGAAAAUGGCCGUUCGUUCGGUUCAUCUAAGGCUGUCGAAUCGUUCGACGAACGCGCCGAACGUUAUCUUGAAACUCAUCAAUUAAACUUCUCUUUCCCCGACGACGAUGAAGAAGAAGACGACUUCAAUGGUCGUUCUAUCGAGGAGUCGCGUAGUAAAAAAAUGAAGAAAAUGCUACUGCCUUUGUUGUUGCUUUUGAAAUUGAAAAAAGCGGUAGUCAUUAAGGUUCUCUUCACCGUCAUUAAAUUCAUUUCACUGAAAAGUUUGGCCAUCUCACUGUUAGCUCUCUUCUUUGCCGGCGCAACGUUUUUCAAGGAUUUGUUGGGUAAAAAGAAGGAACACAUCACCACUGCAUACAUUACUGGCAGUCCACUGAAUGCUGAAAUUGUGCAUUCAGAUUGGAAUCGUAAUGGCCAAGCAGCUGCUUCUGAAUUAGCUUAUAAUCAUUACGGUUUGGCACAACCUUUCUAAGAAGACUUUAUUUCGACUCUUUCUAGUUUCUAAUUUCACCUUCUACUUUCCUCCUCCUCCUCCUCCUCUCCAUCGUAUUUCGACUUUUUUUUUUUUUUUUGCCUAUGUUUCUUUCUCCCGAAUUAAACCCUAUUAGAAAUUUUUGAACUGAACUGAAACUUUUCAAAAUAGACCCUUAAAAAUCUUGUACCAAAUAAGCAAACUUGGCUACUACAACUUGGACUAAGCUUUGUUAAGAUUUUCAAUUAAUAAUUUAAUUAUUGUAUAUGAUGAUAAUAACACAUGAUAAUUAAUUAAUAGUCGUCGUCAUUAUCGCUUCUUUGCCUUCGUAAAACUCGUCUUAUAUCGUACUACCAAAAAUAAGAAGAAGAAACAUGUUGAAGGAAUGUGAA